CGCUUGGCUUUUGUUGUCACACACACACACGCAGCACGCAGCAUCGCCCCAAAACCAACAACAACUACAACCUCGACUUUGGCUUCGUCAACAUCGUGACGACAGACAAUAACAACAACAACAACACUGCACGAAUCGACAACCAUCACCAAACCGUCCCUUCCUUCCACGACCGCGGCGUAUCUCCUUGCCCACACCAUGCCAUUAUAAUGCCUCGAUCCAUUCCAACCGACGGCGACAUUGACGUCAACCUCCCGCCGCUAGUAGACGACGAAGACGACGACGAGGCAUCUCCUCUUGGCGACUACUUGGCAGAUGCAGAACGAUCCUUUGAGACACUCGCUCCGCCAUUGUCGUCGGCUUUGUCGUCCUCCAUCCCAAACAGCCUCAAGCGGCGGCGGAGCUCGACGCGUACGAGCGCAGACUGCUCGACGAGAUCCAGCAAUGCGGCCUCGGUCUCAGGGUCGUCUGGCCCAUCAGCCAUGUCGGCGCCGCUUGUCGGCGCCUCUUCCACCUCUUCAGCACGGGCCGGCACCGCGGCGGGCAAGAGUAUCGGCCCACGCGCUCUCGGCACUCCGCUGCGUUUGCCAUCACCCAUCCGUACGACUCGCACCUCCGACGAUGAGUUCGCCGAGCGCUUCAAGUUCCUCGUUGCAUCGAGCGGCCUGCUGGAGAAGACGCAGCUCUAUAGCACCGUUGCCAGCCCUGAUGGGGCCAUGUCGACGUCAAUGCUGUCGCCCACGUCGGCACCGGACGACAGCGUGAGAGAACCGACAUCGGCACCAGCAGACACGCCCGCACCGCCCUCGUCGCGCGGCCCACUCGAUGCCAUGACGACCGAGGACGGCAGCAUGCGAUGGGAUAUCAUCGCUGCGAUCGCAGUCCUCAUGGCCUCGCUCGCGUAUAUGAUUGGGCCAACCAAGGUUGUCGUCACAUCAGCAGCGAUCGCGACGGGCGCCGCCUUCUUGCUUCCCGGUAGAGCGGCCCCCUCACGACCGGCCACACCGGCAGGCUCAACAGCCGAUGAUGGGCCGGCCCUUGUGCCCAAGCCCACCUCGGCUGCCCGCGUCAUGGCGGCGCUAGACCGCUUGCUGUCCGAGUCGCGCAGCCUCGACCACGCGAUCACCAUCGUUCUUCAGCUGCUGGCACCAAGACCAGACGACACGGAGCGCGGACACGACCUGAGAGUAGCACUCAACCGUCUACUCGACGACAUGACCGACUACCUCGCGUCGGCUACAUCCAGCCUUAUUCCGCUCGCUGACCGCAGUGAGCUUACCGUUUUGAGCACAUUCUACGACAUCCCCGUCAUUGCUCCGCGUCGGAGACGACCGUCCACCAGCGACGACUCGGACAGCGAGUGGGGUGGCCCGGCCGCGGUCACGCGGGCCAAGCGCUCUCAGUCAUCGUCAGCCGCAUCCCCGUCCCCAGAGGUGCUCCGCUACGCCUUGUUGUCACCUAAAGAGCACGCACGGGCAAAAUCUCCCGUUCGUGCACUGGCAACUCCCUUUGACCCUAAUGACAAGUUCACAAAGAUGCCGGAGCGCGUUGUGCGACACAAGCGCCAGAGCUGGAGCACAGACUGGAGCGGUUCCUCGCCUUCAUCGUCCUUUUCACGCUCUACGGAUGACCGGAUACCCAUCACCGAGGACGACGAGGGCAACGUCAGCGACAUUCUGUUUUCCGCCGGCUCGUCAACCGAAGGCGGCGCAGCAUUCCCCGACUUACCGAACGGAUUGUUGUCUCCCCCACCUCUUAUCCGCCCGCUCGCCCUGCCAUUCACGCCCAAGCGCGCAUCCCCACUAGCACAAGCACUAGAGAGACUCGAGUCGCCCAACCUCCCCCGCGCUCCGACCCCGCCCUUCCCUGUUCUCUCCACGCGGCCCAGCCAGUCUCCGUUCCGUCGAUCACUCCAGGACAUUCCCUACAUCCCUUCCCCGCCGGCAUCGACACACGAGGCCGCAGCUGACCUUGCCAAGGCACGUGCUUCAGCCAACAUGUCAAGUGCCAAGCGGCGGUCAUUGCAGGCGCCGUUCAGCCCGCCACAAAGCGACACUUCGGCACGCGACCAGGCCAUCAUGGCUGCUGGCGCCAGUCUGCAGCGCGCCAAGUCGCUUCCUCAGUCUGACCUAGCCCGCUUGCGGCCACUCAAGACGGCAGUCGCCCCCAUCACCCCGUCAACCCCUGGCCAGCGUGCCUCACUCUUGUUUGAGACCGGACGCCGAGGGACGCCAAGCCACAGCCGCACAGGCUCGCGUGUCAGCGUUGACAACGAUGUCAUUACCCUCCCUCAUCCUGGGUUCCGCUUUGAACCCCCCACCGCCACCUCGACACCCAACAAGCGGGUAGUACCCCUUUCGUUUGAUUCGCCCCGACCCAACGGCAGCCAACGUGAGAGAGCAGACAUGAUGACCCUCGGGUUUGGCCAUGCGGCAUCCUUUGGGCGGAUACAGCAGCCGCACAUCCGGGUACCAUCAGUUUCGCCUCUGACACUUCAAGGCCUCAAGGCCUCAUGCCUUGGCGUUCAUCUCAAGCGGCGCCGAGUGGCGUGCUGUCUCCUGGGGCUCAAGUUUGCGACCGCACAUGACGGCAGCACACAGUACUGGGACGAUGUGUGCAGCACGCUUCAUACCCUGUCCAACAAGAUGGCAGAGGGACGAGCGAACCUCGAGACGUUGAUUGAGAGGUCAAGCUGCGAUCUGGCUGCGGCAGCGACGAUUGCUGCUAUUGUCGCACCUGGCACCACUGUUCUCACCCCGCCAAAGAACACUGGCCCCACUUUCAUCUCCCGCGCAGGGGGAGACUUUGCUCCCCGUGACAGCGCCGAACAAGCACUCAUGGUGUCCAUCGACGACCUGCAACGGACUCUCGCACAUGUCUGGGCUCGCUGCGACGAGAUGCGCACGAAGACAGCUGGCGGCACGCUGUCCAACGCCGACACAACCUGGGCGGACAUCCGCUCUGACGUCGGCAAUAUGCUUCGCAUUAUCGAGCGCGGCCGCGAGGCGGUGGCCCCGCGCGAGGAGGAGGAAGUCGAGGUGCUGGACGACUCUCUCGACGAUUCGUUUGCUGGGAGAUCCGGCGGCCCUACACCAAACGCCGACAUCGCCAUCCCCCUACCAGAAUUCGUCCGCACCUGGGAGCGGUCGGUGACGCCCGAGCCCAAGCUCGACGCCGAACCGUACGCUGAGGCGCUGCCCCCUCCCGGUGUGGACGAAGUGUACGAAGCGGACCUACCACCCGAGCCGCCGCGUGCCCGCUCGACCCUCUCGCGUGAGGAGCGCAUCAACCUGCAGAAGCAGGCACGCGCGCUCGGCAUGACGCUAUCGCAGCUCACUGCUGCGCAGGCGGGCGACACGAUCAAGCCGAAGCGCGAGUCCCAGGUGCUUAAAGCCGCACAUGGCGAGGUCAUGAGCGAGCUUGCGGGUAUGUUCGGCACCAUCCGCGCCCGCAAAGGCAUGUCGGCCGAGCCCGACGCCGCAUAACAUUCACGACUAGAUAACGAAGCAUACAUAUUACCGAGAUACCCAGCGUGC